CCCACUACGAAGCUAAAAUAUGCGUAGAUGAUGCUUGCGCAAUCGAACAAAGGAACGUUAGCUAACCUAAAAAAGUUCGCCCAAAUAUCGUGACCUCAAAGAUUGCAUACGACGAAUAUUAUACACAAGAAAAUACGCAAGAAUUCACAUUCGAUUAUAAUAAUGCCGCGUUGCCCAGGUUUCAUUUAUGAUUCGCUAAGCGAUGAUUUAUCAGACUCUACAAGUGAUGAUCCAUUUGACAGUGACGAGUCUGAUCAUUCCGAGGAAGAAGAAUCUGAGCAAGAAUUUAGCGAUGAUUUAUUAGACUCUGCAAGUCAUUCAUCUGACAGCCAUGAGUCUGAUAAUUUUGAAGAGAAAGCACCUGAACAAGAACCAAAAAAACUUGAAGACACGCCGCUCAUUUCUGCUGUCAAAGAAAAAAAUUUGGAAUUAAUUAAAAAGAUCUUAGAUUCUGACGUUGACGUCAACGAAACUGGCGCAGACCACAAGACAGCUCUUCACGUAGCUGUUGAUGUUGAAUAUUCACCAGCUGUUGAGUGUUUGCUAGAGCAUGGCGCCAAUAUCACUGCUGGAAAUUUUGCUGUCGGUGAUAACCCCGCUUUCUGGAAUACUUCACUGCAUGCUGCGGUAGAAAAAAACCACCUGGACAUCGUCCAGUUAUUUUUGACAAAAGAAAUAAAUGCAACCGCACUAAAAAAACAUCACCAGGCCGCUUUGACUCGUGCAGUUGAACUCAAGAAUGAUAAAGCAAUAAAUUUUUUAUCUGAAAAUUCAAAUUCAAAUGUUUACAACAACUCAAUAAACAAAAUUCUCAAGAGUUUUUCUAUGCAAGAAUUAUCAGAACUGGGUUACAGUGAAGAUGCAUUGAUUAUGUGGUUCAGCAAGUCCACAGAGAUCAACAAACUAAAUAAAUUUAAAAAAACUCCCCUUUAUUUAGCAGUUAGAAAUGAAAAUAUCGAUAUGAUUAAACUGUUAAUUAGCAGCGGAGCAGACGUGAAUGCUUCUAAUUUUGACAAUGAAACUGUUUUACACGCCGCCGUUCACUCAAACAAUGAAGAAAUAGUAAAACUUAUACUUGAUGAUGAACUUUGUGACGUGAAUAUUAAAAUGGAUUCCGGUUUAACGCCACUUCACAUCGCUGUGUCGAAAAAUAAUUUAAAAAUCGUUGAACUUUUGAUUAAAAAUAAUGCUAAGAUUGAUGUACGUGUCAAUUACAAAGGUAUGAUUGGGUUUGCGCCCUACCACGUUGCUGUUCAUGAAGAUUUACUAGACAUGACAAAAUAUUUUCUGGAUACUCUUAAAGUAGACGUUAACAUGAGGACCGGGGAAGAUGAAACGGCGUUACAUGUUGCCGCAUUAACUAAAGUUGAGCUCGAAAAUUAUGACAUGGUUGAAUUAUUAAUAGACAGAGGUAUUGCUGUCAAUGAGUAUUCAAAGACAAAGUACAAGAGUUACACGGCAUUGCAGUAUGCAUUGUUACGAAGCAAUAAGAUUGAUGUCUUUUACUUGCUGGUAGAUAAAAAAUGUUGUCUUAAUACAACUCCAGAGGGCGGAAUGACGGUUCUACAUAGAGCUGUUUGCAAGAAAAAUGAAUGCAUAGUAGAACCUAUAUUAGAUGCUGGUGCUGAUGUUAAUUGCCAAAGUAAUACUACUAAUUACGAAGAUAUAACUCCUGUACUUGAGGCUAUAAGAUUGAAUUUAAAGGAUAUUGUUGUCAUGUUGAUGAACAAGGGCGCAGAUAUAAAUGCCACUGCUUAUAAUAAAGUCAAUAAAGUCUAUGAGUCUGCUGUUGAUAUCGCAAUAAAUCAUAAUGGAGAUUUUGAAAUGAUAGAAUUGGUUCUAGAACUAGGGGCUGAUAUAAAUAAAGCUCAUAAACAUCAAUGGACUUACGGUCAUAUUUCGAGGCUACUUAAAAAUCAUGUGACUAAAAUGAAAAUUGCUGGAAUGGUUGUUUAUAAAAAAUUCGAGUCGUUGAUUGAAACAGGAGACUUUUUGAAAAAAUGUGACAAUGAAUGCGCAGUAAAAAAAUUUAACGUUAAAUGCAAGGAAGAAAUUAAAAAGAUGAAGGAGGAAAAUAUUGAAAACACAAAUGUUUCUUAUUAUAAAUUACUGGUACAAAAUAUCAAUAAAGUAGACAGCUUUGUGGAAGAUAAAAAAAUUAAGACGAUUAUGCGGCGAGAUGAGUUGAAAAAGAAGUUUCCACUGUAUGGGGAUUUGCUGCUCGCUCAGUGUAGAAGAGGAAAAAUUCUUGAUCUAUCUUCAGAGUACUUUAAAUUUGAUUGGUGCUAGUGGAGGAUCUACUUAACGUUUCAAUUAAGGAAGAUAAAUUAUUUACUUCAGUUAAAAGUUGAGCCUACUUAUAACAUUAUUCGUUAAAUAAAUAAGUAUUUUAUUUAUGUCAGUAAGCUACAGAUGUAAACACUAAUUUUUAUAUUUUUAUAACUAAAAUAAAAUAGAUUUGACUUGAUAAUUUGUAUUUUA